AUGGGGUUUGCUCCCAAGCAGUGUUUAAAGGGUCCAGGGACGCCUCUGCUGGUCAGAGAUUCGGCCACAGCCACUGUCGAUUUGCCUGAUGAGAAAGGUCAGGUGACCCCGAAACCCGAGAGCCAGCCUGCCAAGAAGAGCCAAGUGGCUCGGAAGCGGCAGGUGCAGGGACAGUCGCCCCAGAAGACGAACUUCCAGAAGCAGAAUGGUAUCUCCAGGAUACACGCCAGCCCACCUGGCUCCUCCACCCCCGCGCCAUCUAAGCCCCAGGCCAAUGGUCACUCAGCCCAGAAAGCUCCAAGGCCCAGCCAGCCACAGGUGCCUGGGAAGGGCAAGCAGAGGAGCCCCAACCAGCAGGCCUCCCUGAAGUCGAGCAUCCCUCUCCAGGGUGCACACACAGGCAAGCCUGCCCCGCACCCCAUCGUGGAGACCCAGGCCCUUCAGGAGGAGGACCAGGAUCAGACUCCAGGAAAGACCCAGAGGACGAAGAAGGCAAAACAACGGUGGCCAAAGGCCUCCAAGAAAGCUGCCUUCCAGAAACAAAAUGGCACCCCCAGAGCACCUCAGACUCCCGGCACAUCCCCCCAGGCUUCCAAACGACCGCCUGCAAAGAGGAGAAAAACCUCUGCCACCAAGCAGUAGCCACCCCUCCCACCUCCUGUCCCCAUGAAAUGAAUAUAUGUUUACCCAACCCA